UGGUGAUUGUGAGCAGGCUACAUAAAACUCCCUUGGCUGAUUUGAAGCAACUUCCAUCGUCCAUCAUUAGAUUCAUUAUCACCGUAAUUGCUAUGUCCGAGAGCAUCAUGACUAGUACGUACCAGCCUGUAAAUCCGGUAGCACCGCGUUACCAACUCACGUCGAUGCCACAGUUGGCCGAAGCAAUAAGCAAGGAAGACGACUGGACUGGGACCAAGGAUGCUGCAGCGCGCAGAAGGGCACAGACUAGGCUUAACACAAGGGCAUACCGAAAACGCAAAGCCUUGGCUGCAAAUAAGACACCGGUUAAAUCAGAAGAGCUGGUAGAGUGCUGGGACAUUAAGCAGCAAUCCUUCUCCGUCGUCCCAGCAUCCCGUAUUAAGGAAUUAUACAAUGGCAGAAGUGCCUUGCUGCCGGAUAAACAAAGAAAAGCCCAGUUUAACAUUGUCUUCCCUCUCUGCCCAGACCACCUCAUUACACUCCUCCAAUACAACGCCCUCCGCGCUCUGGCUGUCAACCGCACUCUAAUCUCAGGCAUCCUUGUUACGCCGCUCGACUGUGGCGAAGAAAUUAUCCACGUCAUCCCUUACCCCUCCAAGCCCGAACUGCUCCCUUUAUCACUUUUGCCCACCGUCCUUCAACAAACGGUGCCGCACGGGGACUGGAUUGACAUGUUCCCGUGUCCCGAGGGGCGAGACCGACUAAUUCGAGCCGCCGGCACCUUCGACGAGGACGAGCUCUGGGCCGACUGCAUCGGCGGGCUGUUCGAAGGCUUUCCCGACGACGAGGUCGAGCGACGCGGCAUUAUUGCGUGGUCGCCGCCUUGGGAUAUCACCGGGUGGGAGAUGUCGGAAGGGUUUAUGAGGAAAUGGGGAUGGCUGUUCAAAGGGUUGCCGGGGCCGUUGGCGGCGACGAAUCGGUGGCGGAUGCAGAGAGGCGAAGAACCGUUUACUCAUGAUGACUGCAUGUCACAUGCAACCGUGUUACCUUUGUGUUGUCCAGAUACUUCUUCGUCAUCGGAUGAGCUGGGUGUUUAAGACUUUAGGUAGUAUUACUACACUAGGAAUAGUCCACCAGUCCUUUCGGCCCUAUAUGUGGCACUGAGAGAGUGCAGUAAAUGUCCAUAAUGCGAAGAGCCAGCAAGGAGGCGCUCCAAAUUGGGGUUUUAUCAAUUGACUAGGCUGUUCUAUCUGUUGGUAUUUGGGUUCAUAUGGGUCGUGGCGGUCAGGUUUCUUUCAAGAACCCCUUUAUCUGUUUAUAAUUUGGGUCCAUAUUGGCCGUAGCGGCGAGCUUUCUUUCAAGAACUCUUUUAUCUGUUCGUAGUUUGGGUUCGUAUUGCUCGUGGCGCUGCACCUCGAACAAUCUUUGGGGCCGUAUAGACUGUUCCAAGGUUCCGCGGAUUCCCGGCCACAGCCUGUUAUAGUUGCCAAACUAGGAAUUAUACAUGUCCUUCAAAAGUACUGUGUAGUUUCGCCGAGUAGGAAAAGGCUUAUUUAUUCGGACACCCCGAUGAUAUUUAUGAGUCAGAUUAUCAACUCGGGGUUAUCAUCCCCGAAAAUAUCGUCAUCCGCUCGGUGUAGCUUGCUGAGCCACCGACCGACCUGUCCCUUAUGAAAUCAGCAUGUUGCUCUUAACCAGUAGAGGGUGAUUACUUGCAAGAGACCAUUUGUUGCAAGUCCAGAUUUCGGUUACAGAGUGAAGUGUGACCUACCAGUUAACUAUUAUGAUCAAUCUAUUUUCUAUACACAAAAUGCUGGCAUAGACUUAUUCUUCGGCCAGGAAUAUCUGGCGUCAGUUUAGACUCGAUUUCAGACAAAGAACUACAGAUACUUAACACAACGGUGAAAUGAUGUCGUGCGACCCCC